CUCCAGGGUUUUGAUGGAGAUCGUAAUGUACAAAUUGCCCUCUUCCUUCUUUUCUUUAUUUUGUAUUUAUCAACAGUGAAUGCAAAUGCACUUAUUAUUAUGGUGGUGUGUUUAUACAGAAAUCUUCAAUCGCCAAUGUAUGUUUUUAUGUCUAAUCUUGCCUUGUCGGACAUCAUGUUUACGACAAAUGUGGUCCCCAACAUGUUGUGCAUCAUUGCACGUGGUAAACAAGCAAUAUCCUUAAAUGCAUGCAUUGCCCAGUUCUACUUCUAUGGAGUGCUUGGCAGCAUGGAAUGUUUCCUCCUGACGGUGAUGUCCUACGAUCGUUAUCUGGCUGUCUGUAAACCAUUGCAUUACUCCCAAAUUAUGGACAUCAAGCUCCAAAAAUGUCUCAUUACUGCAUCAUGGUUUACAAGUUUAAGUGUGACGGUUUUACCAGCAGUUCUCAUGCAUGAACUGCAUUUCUGUGGGCCAAAUAUCAUAGACCACUUUUUCUGUGAUCUUGCUCCAGUUUUGGAACUUUCCUGCUCAGACACCUCCAUUGUAAAGACAGAAACCUUCAUAUCCUCACUCCAUGUAGUUCUUCUCCCGUUCCUGUUCAUCAUAUCUUCCUAUAUCCGUAUUCUCAUCACCAUCAUUAAGAUUCCUUCUGCUCAAGGCCGGCAGAAGACCUUCUCUACCUGCAGCGCCCACCUGCUUGUGGUGUGCACUUACUUCCUGACCAUAAUCACUGUGUACAGCAAUCCCUCACAAACCUAUUCCUCAAAUGUUAACAAAGUCCGCUCAGUUCUGUACAUAGUGUUGACGCCAUUGUUAAAUCCAUUGAUAUAUGCCCUGAGGAAUAAAGAGAUCAAACAUGCAUUGCAAAAAAAUCUGUUUAAUGCAUUACAUAAAUAA